UCAUAGAAGACAAAGGAAUUGUCAACAGCAAUGGCCGUUCAAGCUGCAAUAAUGAACCAUCACUUUAUGCCCUUGUAUUUUCCCGGAUCCCAUGUGGGUUUUGAGAAAAGCUAUCACGAAGGGGUUGAGUUUCUCGGUGCUGUUGAAUCCGCUGGUGACUAUAAAGAGUCUAGCAAGGACUUGCUUACUUUCAUCAACUCAGCCUCCAGCAACAUCAAGCUAGCCUUGGACAAACCCGUGAAGUCCAAACGCAAGGUCAACCAUCGGAAGUAUCUGCAAAAACAGAUUAAAAGGUGCACUGGGAUGAUUGUUAACGGCAACACCAGCCAAGGGUCUCCCAAAGGUCAGUUAGCAUCGCCCAGCAGCACCAGCCCUCAAAGUUACCACUGUAAACCACCUCCAAAGAGGGACACCACCCAGACCAACCUGCAAAGCAAAAGCCUAGCGGCCCUGUUUGACAACACGAAGGAAGUUCGUGGAGAGAGAUGCAAGAAGGUCCCCUUGAGGAAUCGCAACCUUCCGCCUUCUUUCUUCACCGAGCCUGCUAAUUGUUCUUCGGGGCUUCUGCCCAACUCUAUAGCAACUUUGAAAGAGAUGGAGAAGGGCAGUCAGGAGACCAUGGAGUAUUUCGACCUGUUAGACUCGGAUUACAACAGCCUGAUCUCAGAGCAAGAGAUCCUUCAGGGAGCGUCGGUGAGGAUUCACCAGGACAUCACAGCGGAGCAUUCUAUGUACGAGCCGCAUCAUUUGCUAAACGGGAUCCUUUAUUCCGACCCCUGGAAUCCAUGUAAUCUCAUUAAAAAGAGUCCCGUGGGAACUUGCGGUGCGAGCCCCAAUGAAAAUUUUAAAUGCCUACCAAUGCCAGGGACGGUCUUCACCAGUCAUGGUGACUCUAGCCUUCCUACUGGGGUAGAAGACAACUGUUCUACACUAACUUCAUUUACUCCCUGCUACUCUGAAUGCUCCCUGCCCCAAAUGUUUUACGACUGUAGCUCGGGAUACAACAGAAUUGGCUAUCCUGUUCUGUAG